CGUUCCCAAACAUCAACCAACUCAUCGUUCUUUUCCAACCAUCAAUCAGCGUCUAUCUUUCUGAAGCGCUUGGCUGUACUGACGUCUUCAUUUCUGGAAAGGAUAAUUCCCACCUCGAACCGUUUUGCAUAAGGCUGACCAGGCUGCCGAAAACCGCGUUGGUAAUCUGGAGAGGACCACUCCAGUAAAAAACCCCCCGGCUUCGUCGUCCACGUUCUCUCGUUGUUGUCUUCUCUUCGCUGUUAAUUAUCCAGGGGAUUUAACACACAACAACAUUCAAAAAAUCACACCACGCCUUUUACAGGAUUCCUCUUUACCUUCUUUUCUUCUCAUCUGCGAUAACUGUGUUCUUAAGAUACACCAUCACACCAACUGCCCGUCAUGACUGAAGUGUCGUCCACACGUCUUUAUCUCGGGAAUCUGCCCCGCAACGUCACCAAGCAGGAGAUCGAAGAUCAUUUCAAUUCCCACCACGGCUCCGGCAAGAUUACGGAAAUAAAGCUCAUGAGCGGCUUUGGCUUUAUCGAAUAUGAGGAUGCUAUGGAUGCAAAGGACGUAGUACCAGCUUUCCAUGGUACGGACUUCAAGGGUGAACGUCUCACUGUCCAAUUUGCCCGUGGACCCCGCCACAAAGAAACAUUCUCUGGACCGUCGGACCGCUCGAGCGCCCCACGCCCGCGGCGGACAAUCUAUCGAAUGCAGAUAUCUGGACUUCCAGAAACCAGUUGGCAGGAUCUCAAAGACUUCGCACGUCAGUCCGGCCUUGAUGUAGUGUACUCGGAAACUGGCCACGAUGGAAGAGGAUUUGUUGAAUUCGAAACAGGGAGCGACCUUAAAACUGCAGUUGAGAAACUAGACGGCCGUGAAUUCAAAGGCUCCAGAGUCUUAUGCACACAGGACAUUCAAUCACUGGAGGACCGUCAAUCCCGUGACCCGUACCGCUCCCGUUCUCCUGGCCGACGAGGAGGUUAUCAUCCCUACGAUGAUUAUGACAGACGCGGGGCUCCACGCGGCGGAUACAGCCCGCGUAACCACUACCGCGAGCGCUCUCCUGGCCGUCGUGACUACUAUGAUCGCGAUGGCUACGGACGCCGGACGCCGCCUCCACGCUCUCGAAUGGAUGACUACCCGCCUCCACCUCGCCGCCCCUAUGAUGAUCCGUAUGACCCACGUGGGCCUCCUCCCCCUCGUCACUAUGAUGACCCUUACGCCCCUAGGCCAUAUGGCCGCCCACGAAGCCCUCCACCAAGAGGUGAUUAUGGCUAUGAUCGCCGCCCAUACUGGUAGAGAACUCUCAUUUUCCUACCUUUUGAUUUCCCCUACUCGUAUCUAUUUUUCCUGUGUGCGCGUCUCUAUUGUACUCUGCUGCUGUAGGCGGAGGAGAGCCUUCAAUUCCUCUUUGGCUCGAAAGGAAACCAUGAAACUAUUCCGCGUAUGCAAACCUGAUACUUAUUACCCUAGAACGCACCUUUCCCUCUGAUUCCCCACUGAGCGUGGUUUCUGAGCUAUUAUCGCCACUGCGCUGUUUCCAAAAAGUUGAUUGACUCUUCCACGCUACUCGGAGGGGUGGUGUCAUUGUAAGUACUACUGGACUUGACAUCUUUCCAACAUCCGAUCUCUGGCUGGAAUUCAACGUCACCUCUUGGUCUCAUUCUGGAGAUGGACAGAAGUCAAUAAAGGGGCCUUACUGGUAGAUACCGAGCUUUCCUCGUUUAAAUUUCUCUUCUUGCUUGCUGCUUCAUUCCCCCUUCCCGAGUUGCUUUCUUUGCCCAUUUGUGUCUAUCUUUGAUUUGUGGUGUCCAUCGUCUUUAUAUAUGCUUCUCCU